AUGCGCAGGGCACCCAGGCUGACACUUCCCUGCAGAAGUGAGUACCUGCAGAGCACAUGGGAGAAAGCCUACCAGGAUCACAGGAAAAAGGUCCGGGAGGCCCAGCCCCUCGUGGACACCCGUGCCCCGCUGUUUCUCAGCCACUUCCACCUGAACCUCAAGAAGCUGAAGCUGGAGGAGGAGAGGCUCUCCAUCAUCGACAGGGACAACCGCCUGCUGCUGGAGAAGGUGGCCUGCAUCAUGAGGACCAGGGGACAGACUGACAGCAGAGAUGACUACACACACAGGAGGUAA